UUAUAUGAAGUUGCAAAUGGCUUAUCAGAACAAGGUCAGCUACCGCUUGGAAUUGCAUUGAUGAGUCGCAGUACAACUAUUGCUAAUACUCUCAUUCAAAAUGGAAAAGCAGACGUCAACGCGUACAAUGGCGAGGGCUGUACUUUGUUAAUCGAUGCGAUCAAAAGGGGUGAUGGAUUCGCAGCACAAUUUUUGUUGGAAAAGGACUGCGAUGUAAAUCUAAUGUCAAAAAUUGCAGCUGAUACAGCAUUGCAUUUGGCGUCCACAUAUUCACAAAAAUCUUGUGACCUAGAGACUUUCAAUGAUAUGGUUAUGGUAGCCGAAACGCUAAUUCAGAAGGGUGCCGAUCCAAAUAUGCAAAACAGCCGUGGAUAGUAGGUGUUUACCGAUAUUGGCAUUGAUUUGUUAGUAUUUAGUAGGGCCAGCUAAAAUUUGUAUUCACUGAUUUUGAAAACCUACAUUGUGAUUGUUGUAGAGCUCGG